UUAUCAAUGUAAAUCUACUUGCAGUAUGUUUGCGAUGUACGUGGAGCGGGUCCUACUACCCGACCUGCAGAAAGUCAGCGGCGCUUUAGAGCGUAAGGCAGCGGCUGUCGGCUGCGUCAAGCUGCUGGCUACCUCCGCGCACUUCACGCGAGGUUCGCUGGUGCAGUACUGGCCGCGACUCAUGCAGGCGCUGAUCUCGCUGUUCGAGCUGCCGACUGACGAGUCCUCGCUGCCCGACGACCACUUCAUCGAGGUCGACGACACUCCCGGCUACCAGGCUCACUACGCGCAGUUAACUUGCGCACGCGGCGUCGCUAACGAUCCUCUCGCUGGCAUCGAAGACCCCAAGCGCUACCUAGCGGAGAGCCUGGGUGCUAUGUCGCAGUCCGCUCCCGGCGUCCUGCCGCCGCUGGUGGCAGCCCUAGAGGAGCCGCACCGACAGGCCCUGCACGCUUACUUAGCACUGUACAGCGUUCACAUCUGCUGAGCCCACCAAAACGUCUCCGUCUACACCGGACUCAAUUAGGUGUGGGAGGCGUUGCAAGUGAAGUGAAGUGAAGUGAUGUGAUGUGAAGUGGGUUAAAAUUAGACAUUGAUGUUAUUAACUGUUCUAUAGUCUGGUCUGCGAGCACGUAGAAUUUUGUCCAAUGACCCAAGCUAGGUUAUUGUCACUUACUGCGGGCGCCCGUCGCACAGUCGCGACAACAAUAUAAUUACGCGCGAGCGAUAAGGAUGGGUAGCUUGGGGUCAUUGGACAAAAUUCUACGUGCUCACAAACCGGGCUUUAGUGGUAUGUUUAAUAUCGUCGUUGACGAGUCAAAACCUCGUAAGUCGUUUUUACUAAAAACAUUUUAAUUUAAUAAUUAAGUAAAACUCUUAACGCACGUUUUGAACUCACCUAUAUUCGAAUGGGAUGAUUAGUGCCAUCUAUAAAUAUAAUAUACUAUAAUCCGGGCAUUUUCAAGGCGAGAGUGAAAGGGCAGAUAUGUACCAUCCCAGACUGCAUCCCACUUGACAUCAGGUGCGAUUGUGGUCAAAUAACUGCCUUGUUGUGCAUAAAAAAAUAAAAAAUAUAUCGCUUUCAAUGAAAAGCUAAUAAAAAUAUUCAGGGGACGGUUUUUGUCUCUUUUUCUUUGCCUGGCCCAUUCCCAUUACGUUUGGGGUCGGCCCUCCGCGUCAUGCGUCUCCAGGCGGCUUGGUCCUGGGUUGUCUUACUGUUAACUUUGGCUUCUUUAAGGUCGUUAUUGAUUACGGACAUCCAUGUAAUUCGGGGUCUUCCUCGUCCGCAGGGCUUAGUUUGGAUGUCUAGCAAGACGGUUUUUUGUCUCUCUUGAAAAAUUUUGUUUUCGGUACUCCCGAGGUUUUCACUCGUUAAUGACGUUAUUCACAUUAAUAUUACUUGGAAGGUAAUCUUAUUAUUUCAUGUUGUGACUGUACUAGUUGUCCGAUGUAUGGUAGCAUGUGAGACGUUGUAACAUUUAUUUUGAAUGAUGUAUGAAAUUGAUGUAUGCAUUUAAGAUUGAUGAAUGUCUAUGUAAGCUAUUGAUAUUUCCAUGUUUAACUUAGAUUUAAAUGAUUUGUUUAUAUGAUGUAACAAUGGCAAAUGCCUACUAUGUAAAUAUGAAUGAUAUGAUGUAUGUAAGAAAUAAGUAUAGUCUGUAAUUUCUUAGAGAUACAUAAAUAUCUUAAAGUGACUCUUGUAUUGAAGAUUAUAUAAAAUUUUGAAGGAAUUAAAUGUGAUACUAUGAUAUGGGCAUUUCUGUUUGUGGUAGGAUUUUCUGACGCUGAGCGUCAUUCUCUUAUUGAUGUUUUGGUAGAAGAUGAAAUGAUAGAUUGUGAAAGAAAAACUCAAUUUUAUGUUAUUGCAAGAAUAAUUACUCUUUUUUGUAUGUAGUUGAUUGAUGUUUUGCAAAAAAAUUAAUAAGUGUUAUAAAUUCGAAACUGUAGCAAAAGUGUACUGUCUAUUUUGCUACACUUUAACUCUUGGCAGUUUUAACUUGCAUUUAUAUAAUAAAGUAUAUUAUGUAGUGCAUUUUUAAAUAUUGUUAUUGGAACAAAAGAGACUGAUGAUCUUUGAAUCAUGAUUUGUUUUCUCGGUUAGUUAUUUCUUUGUUUUUCCAUGCGGAAUUACUAUGCUCUUGUUUGUAACAUACUUUUGUUUAAUAAAUGCUUGGCUCAUUAAUA